AUGGGUUCAGUGGAGAUUCCGUCCGGCGAUGGUACCGGGAAAGUUACGGAGGAGUUCCUCCGCUCGGCCAUCGACAAAUCCAAUCUCAACGCUCUUCGCCUUGCGCUUCUCCAAGUUACCGGUGAUCCGGAACUCGCCAAGAUGCGUACGCGGCGACAUGCUGUGCGUGGCGGGGCCAUGUAUACACAUGUCCUAGCCGAGGAAGAUGCCCCAGCACUCAAAGAGAAGGCUUUCGCCUAUCUUUCCAAGCGCAAGCCCGGCGAUCCCAUUCCACCGCCGCCCACAAGAGAAGAGACCAGGAAGUUGGUGGACGUCUUCGGUGACCAGCUAAUUGACGAUCGCGAGUUCGAAUACGACUUUGAAGAGCUGGCAUUUACCGAGUUUCCUCGUAGUGCCGAAUGGACGGACAAGAAACCCACAGAGGAUAAGAUUGCCAAGUUCAAGGUCAUCGUGAUUGGCGGUGGUAUUAGCGGCAUUGCUGCAGCCGUACAACUCAAGCGGCUCGGUAUCAACUUUCAGGUUCUCGAGCGGCAGCACGACAUUGGUGGCACCUGGCUGCUGAACACGUACCCUGAUGCACGUGUUGACGUGUCUAGCUUUCUCUUCCAGUUCAAGUUUGUCAAAAACUAUCACUGGUCUGAGUAUUUUGCUACAGCUGGCGAGACCCAAAAGUAUCUUGCUUACGUCGCCGAAAAGUAUAAGGUCAAGGACCACUUCUUCUUCAAUCGCGAAGUGGUCAGCUGCGUCUGGCAUGAGGAUGAGAGCGAGUGGGAGCUUACCAUCAAGCAUGCGAACGGCGAUUCGGAAACUGUGAGAUGCAAUGCCGUUAUCAGUGGUACAGGUCUCUUCGCUACACCGAAUCUGCCCGACAUCAAAGGCAUCAAGGACUUCGAGGGUUCUAUCUUCCACACUGCAAAAUGGGACCAUAAGGUAGAUUAUCUCAACAAGGACGUCGCGCUUCUCGGUACUGGCUCCACCGGUACUCAGCUCGCUUCUGCAGUUGCCGAGAAAGCCAAGUCUCUCACCGUGUAUCAGCGCACUCCGAAUUGGAUUAUGAACAUGGAAGGAUACCGAGCAAAGAUUGACAACGCUGUUCGUUAUGUGUUUGAUAACAUGCCUUAUUACUGGAACUGGUUUUGCUAUUCGGCACACGCUACGACUCAGCAGCUUCAAUACCUGCAGAACUACGACAAAGAGUGGCAGGCCAAAGGAGGCAUUAUUAAUGAACGCAAUGAUUUAGUGCGCAAGGCACUCGUCAACUACAUCACUCAAAAGUCCGAGGGCAUUCCCGGAUUGAAAGAGAAGAUCACUCCUCAUUAUGCGCCGUUAGUCCGCCGGCUGGUGGUGGACAAUGGCUUCUAUGACACGCUCAGACGCGACAAUGUCGAGCUCGUGACUGAAAAUAUUGAUACCUUCACCAAAACAGGCAUCAAGACCAAGGAUGGCGUGGAACGCCCCUUCGAUGUCGUUGUUCUUGGAACUGGUUUCAAAACGUCUCAGUACUUCUGGCCAUGUAAGUAUGUCGGGCGCAACGGGGCGACGAUGGAGGAGUUAUGGAAGAAAGACGGGCCCCGAUCAUACCUCGGCAUGACGAUGCCGGGCUUUCCGAACUUUUUCAUUCUCUAUGGGCCCAACCAUCAACCACGAUCAGGCGCCUUCUACUCAUGGGGCGAGAUCUGGAUGCGGUACAUAAGCCAAAUGAUCAUCCAUCUUAUUGAGAAUGAUAAAAAGUCGAUCGACUGUCGCAAGGAUGUAUUUGACGACUACAACGCCAAGCUCGACGAGGCGUGCAAGGAACUCAUCUGGGAAUCCGAAGGCUCCUCAUAUUACGUAAACGAGCUCGGCCGUCAGAGUGUCAAUGCACCCUGGCACACAGCCGACUAUCAUCGUAUGGUGAUUGAGCCCAACUUUGAGGAUUUCGACAUCCGAUAA